AUGUCGAUUGGUAAGCAACCAUCUACCAAUUCUACAAAAGGCAAGUACUUGUCACAGUUUCCGACUUUCUUUCAUCCAUACAUCGAUGACAUUGUUGAUGUUGAACCAAAUAGAAAUUAUGGUUUCCGUUGUAUUUCAUCUGCAUUAGGAUGGGGGAAGAUGCAUGUUAUGAUGUUCGAAGACAGUUUCAUACUCAAAUCCAGCAACACACAGAUUUGUUUUCCAAGUUGUUCUAUGACACUGUCUCUGAUAUACAGUGUUGUAUUUGUUUAUCUUUCCAUGUUAAUGAACAUAAGAUUUUCCCUUCUUCUCAUAGCUCCAUCCCCAUACACGAGUCGACAUACAAUCAUUGUUGUUGCUUUUGUCAACCGUAAUCAUUUGGUUCAGGUGAAGUUGAGAUCCGAUUGUCCACUGCCUCCCGUCACUGAUUGUUGGAAGAAGAAUUGUUCUAAUAAUGCAAAAGCAUGGGAAACAGCAUAUGCGGGUCGGUUCAGACACUGUGAAGAAUUGUCUAGGAAGUAA